AUGGUUAGUUUAUUUGCAAUUCUGCUGUUUUAUCUGAUUUCAGCAACAAAUUCGUUGCCUGAUGAUGGUCUCUGUUCCCAAGUUUAUCAAAUGCAUGAAUAUUGUACAAGACAGGUUCAUGGUACGUUACCUUCAAAUUCGCGACCAGACCAUGUUCAUGCAAGACGAGUUGGUAAAGCUGGGCCACGUGGACCACAAGGUGUUGUUAACUAUACAAAAAUAGAAAAGAAAUGCAGAGGAAAUUUGACGAUGAUCAACAUUGAAGAAAAAAUGUUAAACAAUACAUCUGAGAUAGAAAGAAAAUUUUCGGAAUUGAUUCGAGUUGCUGAAGAAUUAAGAACUCUAACUUUUUCCGAUUGCGGAAAAGUAACUAAAAAUUAUGCAAAAAUAUGGAAUGAAACCGGUGGAGUUUUCGAUAUUUAUCCAACUUACACAAAGCUUGAAGUUUUCUGUGAUCUAACAACUGACGGUGGUGGUUGGAUGAUAUUUCAACGACGGACAAGUGGCUCAACGGACUUUUACAGAACUUGGAAUGAAUACGUAAACGGAUUUGGGAACAAAGCUGAUGAAUAUUGGCUUGGCCUGAGAAAUCUUCAUCAUCUGACACGUGAUAAUGACUAUGAACUUCGUAUUGAUUUGGAAGAUUGGGAAGGAAACAAGAAAUAUGCGAAAUAUUCCAAUUUUAAAAUAGGAGGACCGAAAACGAAAUAUACACUUGCUGUUGCAGGAUACGCUGGAGACGCGGGUGAUUCUUUGACUGGUCAUAACGGUCAAAGAUUUACGACCAAGGAUCAAGACAAUGAUUCGUAUUCUGAAAAUUGUGCAGUAUCUUAUAAAGGGGCAUGGUGGUACUCGAGCUGUCAUUUAAGCAAUUUGAAUGGUCAUUAUUUCAAAGGCGGAGUCCACAAAUCUUACGCAGAUGGUGUUGAAUGGUCUCCUUGGAAGGGACAGUAUUAUUCUCUCAAAAUUACAGAGAUGAAAAUUCGACCAAUAUAA